UUUCAAAUCCUACACAUUGGGGGUUAAAGAAGUUCUGUAAAUACAUUCUUUUAAUUAAGCAAUGUGCUGACAUGAAACAAAAUAUGCUUAUAUAGUUAAAACUGCAAUAAUAGAUUUUUUUCUUGGCCACCCGGGGGCAGCCCAAACAAUGAAAACAAUAAGUAGGCUUGUAAAAAUUAACAUAUUUAGUCUGUUUGCAAAUUUUUGCCAAGUCAUCUGCUUCUGCAGUUCCCAGAGUCAAAUCAUUUUCUGUGUAUUCACCACUAUGAGCGACCUAAUUGCUGUACACAUGGUUAUUUGAUCCAUUUCCAUAAUAUGAAAAUACUGUUUAGACCAGCUUUAAGAAUUAAAGCAAGUAUUCCAAGGUGUGAUUAAAUAAUCUCAACUAGGAAGUAGAAUGUGAAACCUCCACUUGCAGUACAUGUUUGACUCUGAUAAUGUGCUUUGUUUACCACUGACACUCACACAGACAGCACAGUCAAUAUCUGUGCCACUGAGAACAAGCUGCCAACAAGCCACUCCUCCUUUAGAGAAAAUGAAAGUAACUCCGUCAGUCUGAGCGGGAGAAAAUGGCUUACAGUGUGGAACUGUUUGACUGCUCCAUCUGUUUACAGGUACUGGAGGAUCCUGUGACGACCGCUUGUGGACACAGUUACUGUAUAACAUGCAUCAAUACCUUCUGGGACAGAAAUAAUAACAGAGGAAGAACGUACAGCUGCCCACAGUGCAGGCAGCCUUUCUACCCUAGGCCUGUUUUAAAGAGGAACACACUUCUGGCUGACCUGUUGGAGGAACACAGGAGGACAACCAGUCAAAGUGCUGCUGGUGAUGAUGCUGACACAUAUGCUGCACCUGGCGAUGUGCAGUGUGACGCUUGCACAGGAAGAAAAAGAAAAGCUUCCAUGUUCUGUCUCGUGUGUUUGGCCUCUUACUGUGAGACUCAUCUGAAGCCUCACUUUGAAGUGCCACCAUUAAAAAAGCACAAUCUGAUUCAAGCCUCUGCAAGGAUCAAAUACAGCAUCUGUGGCCGUCAUGAUAGGCUUCUUGAGAUUUACUGCCGCACUGAUCAGCAGCUGAUAUGCCUGCUGUGUGUGCUAGAUGAGCACAAAGGCCAUGACACUGUGGCAGUUGCAGCAGAAAAGUGUGAAAUGCAGAGACAGCUGGAGCGGACUAAACAGGAAAUUGCAGACAGAGUGCUGAAUUCAGAGACGAAAAUGGUGGAGCUGAGGCAGGCUGCAGACUCUGUAAGAGAUGCUGCAUGGGAGGCGUGUGAUGACUUUGAGAGACUGUGUGCGGAAAACAUCCGUUUAUAUGUCCACUUUGUGGAGAGGAAGUGCUCUGAGAUGAGAGAGAAAGUUGGAGAAGCAGAGAAAGCUGGAGUGGACUGGACCAAUAGUCAUCUCAGGCAACUGAAUCGUGAAGUGCUCAAGCUGAGGAGGAGAGAGGAUGAACUGGACCAGCUUUUACUAACAGAGGACCCCAUUCAGUUUCUUCAGGGUUUCCAGGCCCUGUGUGACCUCCCUGUAUUCACAGACUCACAUGCAAAACUUGACAUGCGGUCAGAGUUUAUCACUGUACAGAAAGAUAAACUGAAAGAUAUGUGCAACAAAGAAAAGAAUGAAUUAUUAAGUCAUUCUGGGAAAAAAAUGUUGUCAAAAAUGCCAAGGCUGCAUGAGAAAAUUACAAGGACAUACCUUUUGACCAAAUAUAAGAACCACAAAAUGGAGGUGGAUCCCAACACAGUAGCUGCAUGUCUUUGCUUGUCUGAUGGAAACAGAGAGAUAUUGUGGGGUGGCCAAGACCAGGCUCAUCCUGAUCACCCUGACAGAUUCACCUACUCUCACCAGGCUCUGUGCAAAAACGACCUUAAGAGCAGCCACUACUGGGAGGUGGAGUGGGACGGUGGCAUUGUCGAUUUGGCCGUGUCGUACAAAGGCAUUAAAAGAAAGGGUUUAGGGAAAGAUUGCUGUUUUGGCCACAAUGAUCACUCCUGGAAAUUAACCUGCUCUUCAUCUGGCUGCACGUUUUGGCACAAUAAUCUUCACAAAGGCCAAAUUCCUCCGGCUCACUCCCGCAGGGUAGGCAUGCACCUUGAUUACGAAGCAGGAACACUGGACUUCUACAGUGUUUCUGGCCCUGACAGGUUAGUGCUGCUGCACCAAAUCCAGACCACCUUCACUGAACCUCUCUAUCCGGGGUUUUCUGUUGAUUUAGGUUCAACACUGAAAAUAUGCAGCAUCUAAGCCAGUCUACAUAAAAAAAAGCUAGCUUGCAAGACUGGCUGCUAUAUAUGAUUCAGGGAUAGAAAAAAAGCACAUGAAUAAUAUUAUCAUAUGCAAAGUUUUGCACAUGUUAUAUUUUGGCUUCUUUGUUGCUAAAAACUUUCAAAAGAGCUUGUUCAGUUGUUUGUCUUUUUUCAUCUUUUCAGAAAUGUGUUUUUAAAUUGGAUUAUUAAUUACCACAUUUAAACCUGUUCAAUGGCAAUGAUAAUAAACUAAUAAACAAAUAUGGGUAAUCUUAAAACUUUAUCCAUUUACACGUGUUGAGUCUGUACAUUUCAGAAAGCUUACAACAGUUGAGAAGAGGUUCAAAAUUCUUAAGAUAUUUUUUACAUAUAAUCAUUAAAUCAUUAAAAAAAACUGCCAGUGUAUUUAUGGGAUUACUUUUCACUGAUAAAACACACUCAAAGCUAUUUUACAUGUGGCAGUUCAAUAAACUUGUUUCGUUUAAGGACUUUGAUAGUUAAAAACAUUUCUUUAUUCUGUUUUUUAUGCUGUACAAUGGAAUAAUCUUCCUUCAAACCUAAAUUGAUCACAUUGGAGUGCAUCUUCAAAGUGGCCUUGAAAUGAUGGUUUCUCGGUAACUUACAGCCUGAUUUAUAUUAUGAAGAGAGCUUGGAACAUGCAGGCCGUGCCACUCCGCCAUUGUAUGUAUGUUUUGUCUCAACUGGUGUUAUGGUAUCAUGUUUUUGUUGUGCCGUUUGUUGUAUGUUGGAGGGCCACAGUGGAAAUAAGCCUUUUAGCCUUCAUUAUUUUAAACAUCAAUGAUUGUAACUACUGUAGUGCUUAUCCUUUAUUGUUACCUAUCAUAAAAAUCAAUCAAGCAGACUGACUUUGUUUUAGCUUAAUAGAUUUAACUUAAUAGACUUAAAGGACAAUGCUUUGCUAAUGAUAUGUUUAUUGUUUAUCUGAUUUAAUGUGCUAUUAUUUACAUUCUCAUAACUCAGAAUAAUUCACUCUUAUACAACCCAUGCUCACAAAAGUAAAAUAAAGGUUUUGUGACAUACA